AUGAGGCUCAAAAGAACUAAACUUUGGUUCAGUGGAUUGCUUCAACAAGCCUCUGUGUACGGUGUAGCUACAGGUUAUUGCAUCUCAGCUUCUCUUCUCUCAAUCAUCAACAAAUGGGCAAUCAUGAAUUUUCCUUACCCUGGUGCUUUAACCGCUCUUCAGUACCUCACAACGAUCGUGUUCUACUUGUCGCUCUUCACCAACAGCGAGCUUCUCCUCCACUCUAACGUCGACACUUUCAUCGUGUUCCGUUCAGCUGUUCCCGUCUUCGUCGCCGUUGGCGAGACCCUUUUCUUGAACCAGCCUUGGCCAUCUCUCAAAACAUGGAUCUCUCUUGCUACCAUCCUUGGAGGAAGCUUGCUCUAUGUGCUCACUGAUUACCAGUUUACAGUCACGGCUUAUAACUUGGCUAUUGCUUAUCUCGUGAGCAUGUCUAUAGAUCUUGUCUACAUCAAGCACGUUGUUACGACCAACGGGUUAAACACUUGGGGUCUUGUGCUUUACAAUAACCUCGAGGCUCUUCUCUUCUUCCCGCUUGAGCUGCUCGUAAUGGGAGAGCUUCAGAGACUAAGGCAAGAGACCAGUGAGAAGCACGACUGGUACGGUUUCUCGGUGGUUUUGCCGGUUGGUUUAUCUUGUUUAUUCGGUUUGUGGCGCAGCGUCAAGCUGGAUAAGCUCGAAGAUCGUUGA